CCCCAGGUGCAGCCCCAGGAGCGGAAACCUAAAACAGGAAUCCUGAUGCUGAACAUGGGAGGCCCAGAGCGACUGGACGAUGUCCAUGACUUCCUACUGCGUCUCUUCCUGGACAGAGAUCUAAUGACGCUUCCGGCUCAAAACAAACUGGCACCGUUCAUCGCCAAACGCCGCACCCCGAAAAUCCAGGAGCAGUACAGCAGGAUUGGAGGGGGAUCUCCCAUCAAGAAGUGGACAGCAGUGCAGGGAGAAGGCAUGGUGAAGCUGCUGGACAGCAUGUCUCCUCGCACAGCACCUCACAAGUACUACAUCGGCUUCCGCUACGUCCACCCGCUGACGGAAGAGGCGAUCGAGGAGAUGGAGAAGGAUGGGAUCGAGAGGGCUAUUGCCUUCACCCAGUACCCCCAGUACAGCUGCUCCACCACAGGAAGCAGUUUAAAUGCCAUUUAUCGCUAUUACAAUGAGAAAGGGGAGAAGCCGAAGAUGAAGUGGAGCAUAAUUGACCGAUGGCCCACGCAUCCCCUUCUCAUUCAGUGCUUUGCUGAUCACAUCCAGAAGGAACUGAACCUGUUCCCACCUGACAAGAGGAAAGAUGUGGUCAUCCUCUUCUCGGCCCACUCGCUGCCCAUGUCGGUGGUGAACCGUGGUGAUCCCUAUCCUCAGGAAGUGGGAGCUACUGUCCAGAGAGUCAUGGAGAAGCUCAACUACUCCAACCCUUACAGGCUGGUGUGGCAGUCCAAGGUUGGACCAAUGCCUUGGCUCGGUCCCCAGACAGAUGAGACCAUUAAAGGCCUGUGCCAGCGAGGCAAGAAGAACAUGUUGUUGGUCCCAAUAGCAUUUACAAGUGACCACAUUGAGACACUGUAUGAACUGGACAUCGAGUAUGCCCAGGUUUUAGCCAAUGAGUGUGGAGUUGAAAACAUCAGAAGAGCAGAGUCUCUCAAUGGAAACCCACUGUUCUCCAAGGCCCUGGCAGACCUGGUGUGCUCCCACCUGCAGUCCAACGAGAUCUGCUCGCGGCAGCUCACGCUGUGCUGCCCGCUCUGCGUGAACCCUGUCUGCAGGGAGACCAAAGCCUUCUUCACCAGCCAGCCACUGUGA